AUGACCCUCUGUUUAGCCGACCGCAAGUUCCCUGAGGUCCUUGAGGUCCUUGUAGCAAAGGCGUAUACCCACGAUGGCAAGUCACUAGAGCUUGUGCUCUACAAUGGCAAGUCUGAUGGCAAGCAGAAGCUUGGUAUUGAGCGUCUCACUGCUGGCGCAAAGUACACGAUUGGAAAGGAGCCGUCGCUGCCGACGCGCAGGGAAAGGCGACGGUUGAGGUGGAGCUGA